AUGGCGGCACCCUCGCCAUGCAGCCUCACGUCCAUCACUAGCGAGUCCCAGUUCCGAGAGCAGAUCUCCCAGCUGCCGCCUUCAUGUCUGGCCGUCAUCUACUUCAACGCCUCAUGGGCUGAGCCAUGCAAGCGCAUGUCCACCAUCCUCUCCACCCUCGCCCAGACAUACGAGGCCACCUCCCCACCACGCAUAGCCUUCUUCGACCUGGAUGCUGAGGAGCUGGAAGAGGUGGCGGAAGAGUACAACAUCGUGCAGGUGCCCGUCGUGAUAUUGCAGCAGGACGGCAAUCGCGUAUUCGAGAUCACGGGUACAGAUGCUACACAUGUCCGGGCUUCCAUCGAAAGAUUCGCUGCUGGAAAUGCGGCCACAGGCAGCCUGCCACCUGCCCAGACGGUCACCAAACCCGCCGAACAAACUCAGCAAGCACCACAUGCCAACGGCGGGGAUAUGGCAAAGUACGCCCCGGACGCAUCCGAUCCUGCCACCGCGCCGCAAUACAGCUCGGAAGAAUUGAGCGGGGACAAGCCCAGGGAACAGCUCAAUGAGCGCCUCGGAGAGCUGGUCAAGGCCGCACCAGUGAUGCUCUUCAUGAAGGGUACGCCCUCAGCGCCUCAGUGCGGUUUCAGCAGACAGACCGUCAGCAUUUUGCGAGAGAAGGGCAUCAGAUAUGGCUUCUUCAACAUUUUGGCCGACGAUGAGGUCAGGCAGGGUCUGAAGGAGUUCAGUGAUUGGCCGACAUUCCCACAAGUCUACGUUGAUGGCGAGUUAGUUGGCGGACUGGACAUCGUAAGUGCAAGAUGCGAAUUGCUUGCAAGGACUGCGAAUACUGACUAUCCCGCAGUUGAAGGAAGAAUUCGAGAACGAUCCGACCUUCUUGGACUCGUACUCGGUGAAGAACAAGCUGGGUGGUCCGGCUGCGCCAGAACAAUAA